GCAUUUCUGCUAAAAUGAUCAGCAGUGAAAUAAUAACAAUGAUAUUUUAAGUAUCAUCCUUAGGCUUCAGAAUUUAGUGAAAUGAAUGGAGGUAGAAAACUUGCUUUAACAAGCUGGCUGCAUUUUCUGGCAGACUUCAUCACUUUGCUUUUUUACGUACUUCAUUCACGUUUUGAAUGUUUUGUAUUCAUUACCCAAUAAGUAGAAACUAGGCUGAGCAGAUAAGUGAGAAAAAUCAGGAUAGAGAAGGCAAAGGGGGGUCUUAUGUAAGAUACUCCUAGUAUCAGGACAGUCACUGUAUAAUCAGGACAUCUAGUCACCCUAGGAGAAGUUAACUUUAUUAAUGAGAGCUGGGAUUCUCUGAAGAAUCUGUAUCUGUCACGGGGGCCACAUAAAUUAGAGCAAUCAGCCAUAUCACUGUAAAAGUCAAUGUAUCUCUCAUGCUAAUGACUUUAUUUCCCUAACAUCCCUGUGAGCUAUUGGAGCAUCAUUAUCUCCACGUUGGCACCUUGGUCCCGAACUAGAUCCUCUAGGUCCUGUUGACCUUAGAAAGAUAAAGGAAGAAACAUGAAUGGGAGCAAAAUGAAUUGUGUCCUCCUCACUGUCUUCUUCAUUCUGGCUCUGUUUUGCAGUUCUGGUUAUAUGCUGGAUUGUUACAACUGUUCACUUACUGUUGGGCCAUGUAAGACAAAUAUUACCUGUGCAAGUGGCCUUGAUUCUUGCCUGUGGCUUAAAGUUGGUGAAAGGACACUCCAUGAUUGCUACAAAUAUUCCAAAUGCAAUAUCCAUGCAAUUGAAGAGGACUACAAAACUUCCAACUUUAAUUUCAAAUGCUGCCAAAAAAACCUGUGUAACAUAAGUCCAAUCAUGAUGAUUAGUGAAGCAGUCUUCAGCAUCACUCUCAUGAUCACCAUGAUCUGGAUACUCUGCUUUUAAGAUGGAUGGUCUGGGGGGAACGGCAGUCGUCUGCACUUAAAUACCAAUUGACUUAUAAGUCAUACAUAAACAUGCUAUGUAUUGUUGAAAAGGUUUUUGUGCCUAGCACAGUUGUCUGAGAAAUCAGACUUCAAAAAUUUGCUUUGAAAAACUUAAAAUGUAAGCAAAAUAUAUUUUGAAGUGGUAAGUAACUUUUGUCAAGAAUUUGCAGUUACAAUUAUCUCUGUCUGAAGUAAAUUCUGUUUCUUGCUUACAGUGACUUUAAGGUCUCUGAUCUGAUGCUGAGUGUGUCAUUUUUGCACUCAAGGUAAUGUUACACAGCUUUUCAAUGGUGUUAAGCACUUUCUUAAAAGUCGGUAAAGUUCUUGUUUAACUCCCCAUAUUAAAAAUUGUCUGCUUAUUUUAAUAACCAUUGUAUUAUUGGUACUGCUUUGUAGCUGUUAAUGCACAGCAUGCUUGUAGAUGAAAUAAAUCUUGACAAUCUGUUUCUGUAAA